AUGGAACCAAUAGUUGAAAACUUUCUUCAGGAGUUGCAAGAAGAAGAGCCAAAAGAUGAAUCCAAGAAAGAUAAAUUCAAAUCAUUUAUAUUCAAAUGUCUUGAAACAAUGGCAAUUACAAUUUCAUCAGUUGGAGUUCUUGCUUUAGCUGGGUUCUGCUAUCAUAAAUUCUAUGAUAUUCAUGUUCUUUCCAAGAUCAAUACUGCCUUUGAAGCGGGUGAUCCUGCAUCCCAAUUGAAAAUGCAUAGACUGGAUCAUAAAGAUAGUACCUACUGGGUGGAGCGUAGCCAACAGAAACUUUUAGAUGACAUAAUAUCUGGGAAUGUAAUUGGUAGGUAUUUUCUUAUAAUCGGUGAAAAGGGAACUGGUAAAACUUCACUUAUUCUUGAAUCAAUGAAGAAAAUUGAUGGAUAUAACGUCGCCAUGUUUGAUGCCCAUAGUGACCCAGAAAUCUUCCGUAUUCGUCUAGGUAAAGCAAUUAAUUUCACCUUUAAUGAAGAUUAUAUAGGUUCAUUGUUUUCUAUCAAGGGACAAAGAGACACCACUGCCUUAUUAGACAUUGAGCGAGCAUUUAAUAAGUUGGAACAGCUUGCUAGCGCUCGGGUGAAGAAGGUAGGAAAGCCGUUGAUCAUGAUUAUUAACAAUGCCCAUUUAAUCAAAGAAAACGAAGAAGGUAUCAAAUUGAUUGAAUUAUUACAACAAAAAGCUGAAGCAUUAAGUGGAUCUGGUCUAGUCACCAUGAUUUUCAACAGUGAUGAUUAUUGGGUUUACGAAAAUUUAAAGCAAUUAGGUACAAGAUUGGAGUUGAUCAACGUGAGAGAUUUAGACAGGAAGGAAACUGUCAGUGCAUUAAAGUUUAUCAGACAAAGAUAUUUUCCGGAACAAAUACCUGAGGAUGUAUGUAAUACAGUUUAUGAUUUAAUUGGAGGACGUCCGCAACAUAUCAAUCAUGUUGCUCGCAAUAAGGAUAUCAUUCAAGCAUGUCAUGAAAUCAUUGAUCGUGAAAAGACCUGGUUCUUGAAUAAGUGUGGAUUAUUAGGUAAUGAUAUGGAUGAUGAUGUUAUGGAAAGUGGGAAAUUUUCCUCAAGUGCCAUGCUUCUAAUGAAAGAAUUAGUUGAAAUGGAUAAGAAACAACCAAAACUGGUUGAUCAUCAUCUACCCGAAUUACCAUUAUGGAGAUGUCGACAAAUCAUGACCAGAAAUGAUUAUAUUCAACACUAUGACAAUUUGAAUAUUUUCACCAUUGAUUCGCAUUCUAGAGUCCGUGCUGAUUCCAUGCCUAUGAUGAGAGCAUUCCAUGAGAUUGCAUCGCAGCCUAAUUUUGAUGAGUUACUACAAGAUACAAUUGACCGAGUUGCUGAUAUCGAAUCUUUGGAAAGAACAAGAGAAAUUGUACUUAAAGAUUUGAGUUUAGGUGGAAAUUAUGAAGUCAAGAAAGAUAAAGACAAGUAUGCUAUGAAAUUAAACAAGUCAAGAAAACAAAUUGACGUUCAUGGUGAUUGGACCGAAUAUAAUAAUGACAUGAAUGAAGAUGAUGAUGAAGAUUUGUUUUUGGAAGGAAUUAGUCGUAAAGAAGCUAGAAGGCUUUGGAAACAAAGGAUGGAGAAAUUUAAGGAAACGGAAUAA